CAGAACUCUUGCUAGAACUAUUGUAGAACUCUAGGGCGCUUGAAAUCCGAUAAAUAGCCGUCGCGAAAUAGGCGGAGGACAAAGUGAGACGCUGGGUGAAGUUGGCGUCUCACUUUGCACUAAUCGAUUUUUUGGCUUUAAAGGCCAGAACUAUGUGUUUAAUGUAUCAGGAACUCUAGAACUAUUCUAAAAGAAGCCAGAACUCUCAAUAGUUAAUGAGUUUCCACGAGAUGAGACGCUAGCUUCACAUACACUAUGAAAAAUGAAUAUACACGCGUAAUGGACGAAUAUAUAAGUUUAGGACACAUGUCGAUAGUAAAAAAUCCGGACGAUGACGGUUUCUACAUGCCCCAUCAUGCAGUAGUUAAAGAGUCGAGCUGUACAACUAAACUUCGAGUAGUCUUCGACGCGUCUGCGAAAUCGAGCAAUAAUACAUCUUUAAAUGAUCUUUUAAUGACAGGGCCCACGAUACAAGACACACUAUUUGCACAUUUAAUUCGUUUCCGUAAGUACAGGUACGUUAUAACUGCCGACAUUGAGAAAAUGUACCGGCAAGUAUUAGUACACGAAGACGAUGGACGAUUUCAGUGAAUUCUUUGGCGUAAGGCAGGUAAAAUAGAAACAUUUCAAUUGAAUACGCUCACAUUCGGCGUUUCCUCUUCGCCAUUCCUGGCAAUUAGAACGAUACAAAAACUCGCAGAUGACGAGUGUUACAUCUAUCCUAGGGCAGCCGAAGUUCUGAAAAAUCAUUUAUAUGUCGAUGACUUAUUAUCGGGUGCCGAGACUCUCAAGGAGAUUCGGAAAAUUAGAGACGAUAUAAUCGCUCUAUUGAAAAAAGGUGGUUUCGCUAUUAGACAGUGGGCAUCUAAUGACUCGCGCGCGAUCAAUGAUUUGUCAGAUAACGCAUUACAUGCCAAUUUCGUUCUAGACGGAGAUUACUCGUUAAAGACAUUAGGUAUUUCUUGGAGCACACGCGACGAUAAAAUAUGCUAUACGACACAACCGAUUAAAAUAACAGGUAUGGUGACUAAGCGGAAGAUUUUAUCAGAAAUCGCAAAGCUGUUCGAUCCAUUGGGAUUAUUAGGACCGGUGAUUUUACACGCUAAACGAUUGAUGCAAGAUGUGUGGCGAUGCGAAACACAUUGGGACGAAUCUGUUCCGCAAAGCCUACAUACAGAAUGGUCAGAAUUUGUUCAACAAUUGGAUUCGAUACGUCAGAUCUCUUUCGAUCGCGGGUUAAUAGCACCAGAAUUUCGCGAUAUUCAAUUACAUGGAUUUUGCGACGCCAGUGAAGUCGGAUAUGGAGCGUGCAUAUAUAUACGAUCGGUUGGUAAACAUCGGAACAUCAUUUGCAAACUAGCAUGUGCUAAAUCACGAAUUGCACCAUUAAAAACCGUCACUAUACCUCGACUUGAGCUUUGCGGCGCGUUGAUUCUGGCACGAUUAUACCGCGAAACGAGUAAUGCUUUAAAGAUCACACCUGAUAAAGUCGUUUUUUGGAGCGAUUCCACUAUUGUUCUUCAAUGGUUAAAGACCUCGCCUCAUCUACUCAAAACUUAUGUCGCAAAUCGAGUCGUAGAAAUACAAGACCUGACUGGUUCAUAUGAGUGGCGACACGUCAAAUCAGGAGAUAAUCCAGCCGACGCCAUUUCGAGGAGUCAAUUACCUCACAAUUUCUUACGAAACGACACUUGGCAAUCGGGACCGCGGUGGUUAGUCAGAAAUGAAAGCGAGUGGCCUAUCGAAAACAUGCAAUUAACCGAAUUAACUGAAUUAAGGAGAAAUGCUUGUCUUACGAUUCACCUUGACAGCGAAAUACUUAAAAGAUAUUCUUCUUACUCUAAGUUGUGCAGGGUUGUCGCAUAUUGUCUUCGGUUUCGACUUUCAAAUAAAAAUACUGGACCGUUAGAUGCGACAGAAAUUAACGAAUCCGAGAUACGAAUAUUAAGAAUUCUUCAAUCUACUCAAUUUUCGAACGAAAUAAAAUUGACUGACUUCCACGCGUCCAAUACAUAA